CGCCGCCGCCGCUCCCCGCGCCACCCCGUCGUUGGCCUUGGGGGUCGGGAUGCUGCGGCAGGUUCUGCACAGGGGCUUGAGGACGUGUUUCUCCCGGCUCGGCCACUUCAUUGCCAGUCACCCGGUUUUCUUCGCCUCGGCGCCCGUGCUCAUCUCCAUCCUGCUCGGCGCCAGCUUCAGCCGCUACCAGGUCGAGGAGAGCGUGGAGCACCUGCUGGCGCCCCAGCACAGCCUCGCCAAGAUCGAGCGCAACCUCGUCAACAGCCUCUUCCCGGUCAACCGCUCCAAGCACCGACUCUACUCGGACCUGCAGACCCCCGGGCGCUACGGCCGGGUCAUCGUCACCUCCUUCCAGAAAGCCAACAUGCUGGACCAGCAUCACACCGACCUGAUCUUAAAGUUGCAUGCGGCUGUGACCAGGAUCCAGGUCCCAAGGCCUGGUUUUAAUUACACGUUCGCCCACAUAUGUAUCCUGAAUAAUGAUAAGACUUGCAUCGUGGAUGACAUAGUGCAUGUCCUGGAGGAGCUAAAGAACGCUCGGGCCACCAACCGGACCAAUUUUGCUAUCACAUACCCGAUCACUCACUUAAAGGACGGGAGGGCAGUGUACAAUGGACACCAGCUUGGAGGCGUCACUGUGCACAGCAAGGACCGGGUAAAAUCUGCAGAGGCCGUCCAGCUCACCUACUACCUGCAGUCAAUCAACAGUCUCAAUGACAUGGUGGCUGAGAGGUGGGAGUCCAGCUUCUGCGACACUGUCCGACUGUUCCAGAAAUCCAACAGCAAAGUCAAAAUGUACCCUUACACGUCCUCCUCACUGAGGGAAGAUUUCCAGAAGACCAGCCGUGUAUCAGAACGUUACCUGGUCACCAGCCUGAUCCUGGUGGUCACCAUGGCCAUCCUGUGCUGCUCCAUGCAGGACUGCGUCCGCAGCAAGCCCUGGCUCGGUCUGCUUGGGCUGGUGACCAUAACCCUGGCCACGCUCACCGCGGCCGGGAUCAUCAAUCUUACCGGUGGGAAAUACAAUUCCACCUUCCUGGGAGUCCCUUUCGUCAUGCUAGGUCAUGGAUUGUAUGGGACUUUUGAAAUGUUAUCCUCCUGGAGGAAAACUAGAGAAGACCAACAUGUUAAAGAGAGAACUGCAGCAGUCUAUGCAGACUCCAUGCUCUCCUUUUCUCUCACCACUGCCAUGUACCUGGUCACCUUCGGCAUAGGGGCCAGCCCUUUCACGAACAUUGAGGCAGCCAGGAUUUUCUGCUGCAAUUCCUGUAUUGCAAUCUUCUUCAACUACCUCUAUGUACUCUCGUUUUAUGGUUCCAGCCUGGUAUUCACUGGCUACAUAGAAAACAAUUACCAGCAUAGUAUCUUCUGUAGGAAAGUCCCAAAGCCCGAGGCAUUGCAGGAGAAGCCGGCAUGGUACAGGUUUCUCCUGACAGCCAGAUUCAGUGAGGACACAACCGACGGCGAGGAAGCGAACACUUACGAGAGUCACCUAUUGGUAUGUUUCCUCAAACGCUAUUACUGUGACUGGAUAACCAACACCUAUGUCAAGCCUUUUGUAGUUCUCUUUUACCUUAUUUAUAUUUCCUUUGCCUUAAUGGGCUAUCUGCAGGUCAGUGAAGGGUCAGACCUUAGUAACAUCGUAGCAACUGCGACGCAAACCAUUGAGUACACUACUGCCCAGCAAAAGUACUUUAGUAACUACAGUCCGGUGAUUGGGUUUUACAUAUACGAGUCCAUAGAAUACUGGAACACUAGUGUCCAAGAAGAUGUGCUAGAAUACACCAAGGGGUUCGUGCGGAUAUCCUGGUUUGAGAGCUAUUUAAAUUACCUUCGGAAACUCAAUGUGUCCACUGGUUUGCCUAAGAAAAACUUCACAGACAUGUUGAGGAAUUCCUUCCUGAAAGCUCCCCAAUUUUCACAUUUUCAAGAGGACAUCAUCUUCUCUAAAAAGUACAAUGAUGAGGUUGAUGUAGUGGCCUCCAGAAUGUUUCUGGUGGCCAAGACCAUGGAAACUAACAGAGAAGAACUCUAUGAUCUCCUGGAGACCCUCAGGAGACUUUCUGUCACCUCUAAGGUGAAGUUCAUUGUCUUCAACCCGUCCUUCGUGUAUAUGGAUCGAUAUGCCUCCUCUCUGGGAGCCCCCCUGCACAACUCCUGCAUCAGUGCUUUGUUCCUGCUCUUCUUCUCGGCAUUCCUGGUGGCAGACUCUCUGAUUAAUGUCUGGCUCACUCUAACGGUUGUGUCCGUGGAGUUUGGAGUUAUAGGUUUCAUGACCUUAUGGAAAGUAGAACUGGAUUGCAUUUCUGUGCUAUGCUUAAUUUAUGGAAUUAACUACACAAUUGACAACUGUGCUCCACUGUUAUCCACCUUUGUUCUGGGCAAGGAUUUCACAAGAACUAAAUGGGUAAAGAAUGCCCUGGAAGUGCACGGGGUAGCAAUUUUACAGAGCUACCUCUGCUAUAUCGUUGGUCUGAUUCCUCUCGCAGCUGUGCCUUCAAAUCUGACCUGUACACUGUUCAGGUGCUUGUUUUUAAUAGCAUUUGUCACCUUCUUUCACUGCUUUGCCAUUUUACCUGUGAUACUGACUUUCCUGCCACCCUCUAAGAAAAAAAGGAAAGAGAAGAAAAAUCCUGAAAACCGGGAGGAAAUCGAAUGUGUGGAAAUGGUGGAUAUUGACAGUACCCGAGUGGUUGACCAAAUUACAACAGUGUGAUAGAGUCUGCUUGUUAUAUUUUCACCCUAGGUCUUAUCGAGAGCAAAGAGAUUAUGUUAAUGAAACAAAUUCAAAGUUGUUCUUUCUUUUUUAAGAAACAGACAUUGCCAAAGUAAAGGACAAGGGGGAAAAUGGGCAUUGCAUAUUUUCAGUCUUUUAAACAAAAGGACUGCUACCAGAAAGAAUUUACACACACAUACACACACAGACACAUCUCUUAAACUAAGAUCAAAUAGAAGAAAGCUUAUUAGCAAGCAGAAUCCUAUUUUAUUCACACUGCAGAUGUUGUUGGUAUUGUGACAAAAACCUACUGAUUGAAAGGUCAGCUGCCAAAGCAGAAAUAGCUUUAAGCAUUGUUCAAACAAUAAAGCUUCCAGAACUUCUGCAGAGCAGUAGCUCCGGGCAGAGUCUGUGGUUUGAGAUCUUAGCUGUCUCAUCUAGCUCCCCAGCACCCCAAGGAGAUGCUUUCAAAAGUUCUAGCCAGCAAAGGCAAGCCACAACCUUGGAAGUGACCCAUGGUAGAGUGGCCAUCACCCAUGGAAUGAAAUUGAGUGAUUCCCAAAUUCGCCCAGGUGAGGCAGUUUUUUGUGCAGAAUGAAGAAAUCAUAGCCCCCCAUCAGCAUACUUUGACCAUGUGUAUGAUUUGGUGAAUACACCUUUAAACCAAUGACAGCUCCAGCACUGCAGAGUUGGAGCAAUUCUAUUUUGGAAUAUCUUGUUGCUUGUCACCAAAUGGAUCUGCUUUAUUAGUUACAGCUCUUGGCAGGAGGCUCCGGGUACCCAAAGCUGCAGAGCCAAUCCCAAAUACCUGGCAGGAUGAAGGAAAAGCAGGUGUCUACUUGAACCCAGAGGCAGUGUCUCCAUUUUAACAAAAAAUAUGGCCAACUGGUACAGCUGUUUGUGGUCUGACCCUACAUGCAGUGUUUGUGUGGCUGCCCAGAAGCAACAUCUGCCUGUGCAUAGCUGAGGAAGGAGAAAUGAACACUGACAUGGUCAUCUGCCAUAACAUUUCAAGUCAUGGCUGCUCAGAGACACAGAGGAGAAAAGGAAGUUCUUUGGUGAGUUCUAAGUCCUGAAACUGAGAAGCUUCAUAGAAGUGCAGGCAGGGAGAUGAAGGACUGAAGGGGAGACAGAUGGAAAUGACUGGAAGACGUAAUCACCAAUACACGUUUAUCAGUGAUGGUGGUCAAACGUUUCUGCUAAGCUGGCUGCACUUUCAUCAUCCUGGUGCCCCCCACCCCGCCCCCCCAUACCUUUGCUGGUGCCCGUCCAAUGCACUGCACGGCCCUUCUGUACAUUAACGAGCCUAGAUGUUUAUACUGUUGGUCACGGUAUUUACAGGCUCUAAACAGAAACAACUUUGACUGGAAGAGGCUGUGUAUGUUGCCCCAGACCUCUGCAUUUCUUUAUGUCUAUAAAAAUGACGCUAUUUCCUGGUCACAUUUGAGGCAAAUGUCUACAGUAUUUUUCCCUUUUAGAGAUGUAGCUUAUUUAGACAUCUAUAGUGGGAAGCGUUUCCCAAAAGCACCUUUGCUCUCUGUACUGUGCAACUUCCCCAUCCUCCGCACAGGAGGAAACUGAGACCUAGGAGAGUAAAGCGACUCAGCCAGGGUCACACCACUAGAGGGUUUCCAUCAUUUUAGCAUGCCUAAGACAGGGCAAGCCACUUUAAGAUUUUCCCUUAAGAGGGCUAUUACUCCCUUCAAAGUACAUUUCCAAGGAAAAGAACAUAGGACUUUAUUGGCCACAUGGCAGAUAUAUUUUUUUUUAAAUGUCUGGGUAAUGUUUGGGAUUUUGGUUUGCCAUUGUCUUUCCAAACAGCAAAAAUGCCCAAAUAAUUCCAGUGUAAAUGCACCAAGUGCAAACCUGUGCUUUCUAUUUCCUGUACUGUCGUUCACUCAAUUCUCAAUACGUAGCUAGUGCAUUACACAUUUGUUCAGUCUCUCCUGCAGACACACUAAGCGAUCAUACCAACGUGUUAUGCACUCAACUAGAAGAUAAUGAGCUUUAAUCUGAGGACAAGUACAGUCCUCGAAAAAGGGCAAGUUCGCAUAAUAGAUCUGCGAUCAAUUCUCUCUCCAAGGGGCCUGCAACUAGGCUAUUAUUUAUAAAACACAGCUGAAGAGGGGAUUGGUUUUAUUCUUAAAUCAUAUGUUGCUAAAUCAUUUUCUGAGCAGUGUGUUCUAAAUCAGCCAUUGAUUUAGUGUCGGCCACGUGGAGCACCUCGGGUUAAAGCGACUCCACAAACACUGAUAAAAUACACACACCAAUUAAAUGGAUUUUGCUGAGAAUUUAAUCAUUCAAUUUGAUGAAACAGAAUGACUUGCUGUGGAACUUUGUUUUAUGACAGAUAGUAGUUUCCCAACUUGACUGAGUCUCUGUAUACCUUGGAAUAUUGUAUUUUUAGACGAAGGGCAUUUUCAACCUUGUCGACUUCCCUUUUCAGCACUUGAAAUCAAGGCUUAUGGAAUUCUGACUAUGGAAUGAUUUUUUUUUUACUAGGGGACUCUGCAUGCCAAGAUUUAUUGUUUAUUGUUAGAUCAUUAUUAUUUAAUCAUUAAUUAUUAUUUACUCGUUAAUGAUUACUGCUCUGACAGCAUUGGGUUAACCCUAUCAUGGAGAAGACACUUGAGAAGCAACUCCAAAUCACAUCCCCAUAAAAUUUAAGUCUUUAUCUUUACUUCAUCAAGUUUUUCUUUUUCAAUUGCUAUAAAGAGGGAAGGAACAAGCCUAGCAAACACUUGCAAAAGUUUUAGUUUCAAUUAAUUCCAACCAAGACAUUAAUGUUCACUUUACCAAAGAAACUUAUUGGUUGGUUUUGAGUUGGUGUUUGUUUACCAAAGAAAAUAUUCCAUUCAUCAAAAACAUUUCUCCUGGUCAACUAAAAAACUGUGAUACUUGGGUGUUCUUGACCAGUCAUAACGAAGAAAAGGAAAGGGUCAGGGUGAUAUUCUUUCAUUGAAUAGAGCUCUGCAGAAUAUGUAAAUUUACAAGAAGCUUGGGGUUUGCAACAAAGAAAAUGAUACUGAAACAUGGUAUUAUUGUUUAACCCCAUACCAAUGGUCCAACAAGUACCACGAGGGCUCCUUGUGCUAAAAGAAGGCCAUUUUCUCCACAGAAAAAAAAAAAAAAAAAAAAACAAGACAAAAACCCUCAUGAAACUCCCUCUUUAUUGUUCCAGCUCCUAAGUUUUGGUUUGGUUUGGUUUUGGAGUUUUGGGUUUUGUUCUGCUUUGCUUUGGUUUGUAGUGUUUGUUUGUGUUUCCUUGUUUUGCUCCCGUCUUUCCUACCAUUUUCACCCCCUCAAUCUUCACUCAGAAGAGAGAUAAUCAGAUGCCAUCCUCCAUGGAUAUGGUUAUUUAUGCAAAAUGCUACUCUAAAUGAGGCCCUUAAUAACCCUGUUAUUUUAACUAACCACCACCCAGUUGUUCUAAGUGGCACUCCGGGACCCCAGUACCACUCUCCUCCAGCCCCAGCAGUGGAGCGUGGCUGUGUCUAUCUCAAGAACAGGUGGGUUGGACAGCCACACUGGGGGUGUGGCAGAGGCAGAGCCUCCUGAACACAAAUGAUAUCCUCCUCAUAAUGGCUUUAUUCCUUUGGAUCCUAUUAAAGUAGCCCUGCAGCUUUUAAUAGUGUUUGAACUCUGUGAAUCUGUUUUCUCAAUGGGGAUAAUAACAGGAACUGUCUCUAAAUUCAGCAGAUACAUACUGAGUGCUAAUACCACCCAGAUACUAUUCUAGAGACUGGGGAUAGAGCAGUGAACAGAUAAAGUAAACCUGCCCUCAGAGAGUCUACAUUUGAUUUACUGUGAGGGUCAAGGGAGAUGAUGUUGAGAAAGUGCUCAUGGCAAGGGCUGGUGUAGAGAAGAAACUCAAGAUAUUAUUUAUAAUUUCUCUAUCCCAUACAGUAGCCUAGGGCUCGUGAUGUAAAUAAAGCUCAGAGAAGUAAAUUUUUGCAGAUUUGGGCACAGAACUAGGGCUAUAUGAAGAUGCAAUUAGUUCUCCCGGUCAUUUCAGGACAUUCAAAAUUUGGCUGGAUCACCAUUCGGUGGGGCAACUGUCAAGAGGGCACAAGCUCUGGAUGUUGGGGUUGGAUUGUAAUCCUUUAAAAAAAUGGGAUAUAGGCACUUGGGGGUAAGAGUCGGGAGGGAAGGCCACUUGCUAUUUAAUUACUAUGCCUGACUUGAUUGAAGAUAUUUGAACACUCCUGCUGGGAAAUGUGCUUUUAAGUUUGUUCUCCACAAAAAGCACCAGGUAGCUGAAGAAAAACUUCCCACUUUUUAAAAGCAUGGUAAAGCUGUGACAUGGAGGAAAAUAUUAAAUUAGUAUUAGUGGAUUCUCUGGCAAAGACUUGAGGAUGGCUGCAGCCAGCACAUGGCAGAGUUCUUCCCUGUGGUGGUUACAACUGUUGAUUUCUGUUUCCUGCCAGUCCACGAGCUAGCAAAUAGGAAAGUGAAUGAGCUAGAAUCCGUUCACCUGAAUAGGCAGUGUCAGGAUGUCUUCCCCAGUCUUCCCCCUCCCCUGCCCCCCUUCUGCCCAGGUGAUCUGUUUGAAGUCCUCUUUGCUAUCUACAAGGGUACCAUGCAAGGAAGAGGAAGUGAGGCAACCAGAGAGCUAUGGCCUCUGUGCAGAUUUUCAAGUUAGAUUAAAAUUAGCACCACAAGCAAUCAGAAGAGCUUACUGGGUAGGAAAAGAAGGCUUCUUCUCAAAGUACAAUAAAAGCAAUGUAUACCAAGGAGGCAGCCCACAGAGGAACCCUGGUGGAAGGAAUGCUGUUGCUGUGGAAUGUGCCAGCCUCUUCCCCCUCCAGAAUGUUGACACCAGUUGAAUCUUUGGAGAGAAUUACACUUACUCCCUCAUUUUUCACCUGAGAAAACCGAAACCCAGAGAAGUGAAAUGACGUGCACAGAGCUAGUUAGAAGCAGAUAUAGGACUAUAAUUAGUCUCCUAGCCUCAGUCCUUUUUCCAUUCUGCCACUUUACUGCCAAAUUCUAUGUAUCUAAAUUAUGGGGUCUUAACCUGGGGGGCAUGAAUGAGUUGGUGGGAGGGCAGGACUCUGAACUCCCUAAAAUUAAAUUAUAUGCAAAAAUGUGUGUAUAUGUUUAAUAUGUGCAUUUUCUUAAAAGGAGAGUUCAUAGUUGUCAUCAGAUUCUAAAAGAUGUCCGUGACCCAAAAAGGGUGAAGAACCACUGUCCUAAAUUAAUAAAGACCUCAAUGGGAGUGUGA